ACAGCGAGAGGGGCCAUGGCAGCGGCCCCGGCCCCGGCCCCCGGCGGCCCCGCGCUCCUGCAGCCCCGCUGGAAGCGGGUGGUGGGCUGGUCGGGCCCCGUGCCCCGGCCCCGCCACGGGCACCGCGCCGUGGCCAUCAAGGAGCUGAUCGUCGUCUUCGGGGGCGGGAACGAGGGCAUCGUCGACGAGCUGCACGUCUACAACACAGCCACCAACCAGUGGUUCAUCCCGGCCGUGCGGGGCGACAUCCCUCCCGGCUGCGCCGCCUACGGCUUCGUGUGCGACGGCACCCGGCUGCUGGUCUUCGGGGGCAUGGUGGAGUACGGCAAGUACAGCAGCGACCUCUACGAGCUGCAGGCCAGCCGCUGGGAGUGGAAGAGACUCAAGGCCAAGACCCCCAAGAACGGGCCGCCCCCCUGCCCCCGCCUGGGCCACAGCUUCUCGCUUGUGGGCAACAAGUGCUACCUGUUUGGGGGGCUGGCAAACGACAGCGAGGACCCCAAGAACAACAUUCCCAGGUACCUGAAUGACCUGUACAUCCUGGAGCUGCGCCCAGGCUCCGGCGUGGUGGCCUGGGACAUCCCCAUCACGUACGGGGUGCUGCCCCCGCCCCGCGAGUCCCACACCGCCGUGGUGUACACCGAGCGGGACAACAAGAAAUCCAAACUCGUCAUCUACGGGGGAAUGAGCGGCUGCCGCCUCGGCGACCUCUGGACGCUGGACAUCGAGACCCUGACGUGGAACAAGCCCAGCCUGAGCGGCGUGGCGCCCCUCCCCCGCAGCCUGCACUCCGCCACCACCAUUGGCAACAAGAUGUACGUCUUCGGGGGCUGGGUGCCCCUCGUCAUGGACGACGUCAAAGUGGCCACGCACGAGAAAGAGUGGAAGUGCACCAACACGCUGGCCUGCCUCAACCUGGACUCCAUGGCCUGGGAGCCGAUCCUCAUGGACACGCUGGAGGACAACAUCCCGCGGGCGCGGGCGGGGCACUGCGCCGUCUCCAUCAACACCCGCCUCUACAUCUGGAGCGGGCGCGACGGCUACCGCAAGGCCUGGAACAACCAGGUGUGCUGCAAGGACCUCUGGUACCUGGAGACGGAGAAGCCCCCGGCCCCCUCCCGGGUGCAGCUGGUUCGGGCCAACACCAACUCGCUGGAGGUGAGCUGGGGCUCGGUGCCCACGGCCGACACCUACCUGCUGCAGCUGCAGAAGUACGACAUCCCGGCGGCCGCCUCGCCCGCCCCCGCCCCGGUGCCCUCCGUGCCCGCCAACCCGCCCAAGAGCCCCGCCCCGGCCGCCGCCGCGCCCGCCGCGCCCGCCAGCCAGCCGCUGGCACAGAUGGGCAUCACUCUGCUGCCCCAGGCCGCCGCCCCCACGCCCACCACCACCAUCCAGCUGCUGCCCUCCGUGCCUGGCACGCCCCUGCCCGUGGCCAGCCCCGCACGCACGCAGGGUGUCCCGGCCGUGCUGAAGGUGACUGGGCCCCAGGCGCCCCCAGGGCCCCCCCUGGUGACGGUGCGCUCGGCCGGGCAGGCGGGCAAGGCCCCGGUGACGGUGACCUCGCUGCCGGCCGGCGUGCGCAUGGUGGUGCCCACGCAGGGCACGCAGGGCACGGUGAUCGGCAGCAGCCCCCAGAUGAGCGGCAUGGCCGCCCUGGCAGCCGCCGCCGCCGCCACACAGAAGAUCCCCCCCUCCUCCGCGCCCACCGUGCUGAGCGUGCCGGCUGGCGCCACCAUCGUCAAGACCGUGGCCGUCUCCCCGGGCACAGCCACCCUGCCCAGCACCGUCAAAGUGGCCUCCUCCCCCGUCAUGGUGAGUAACCCAGCCACACGCAUGCUGAAGACGGCGGCAGCCCAGGUGGGCACCUCAGUGUCAUCCACGACCAACGCGGCCACGCGGCCCAUCAUCACUGUGCACAAGUCGGGCACGGUCACCGUGGCGCAGCAGGCCCAGGUCAUGACCACCGUGGUGGGUGGCGUCACCAAGACCAUUACCCUGGUGAAGAGCCCCAUCUCCGUGCCAGGGGGCAGCGCACUGAUCUCUAACCUCGGCAAAGUGAUGUCGGUCGUGCAGACCAAGCCGGUGCAGAGCUCGGCCGUGACUGGCCAGGCCUCCAGCGGCCCCGUCACCCAGAUCAUCCAGACCAAGGGCCCCCUGCCGGCAGGCACCAUCCUGAAGCUGGUGACGUCAGCGGACGGGAAGCCCACCACCAUCAUCACCACCACGCAGGCGGGCGGCGCCGGCCCCAAGCCCACCAUCCUGGGCAUCAGCAGCGUCUCGCCCAGCACCACCAAGCCGGGCACCACCACCAUCAUCAAAACCAUCCCCAUGUCGGCCAUCAUCACCCAGGCCGGGGCCACGGGUGUGACCAGCAGCCCUGGGAUCAAGUCCCCCAUCACCAUCAUCACCACCAAGGUCAUGACCUCAGGCACGGGCGCCCCCGCCAAGAUCAUCACGGCGGUGCCCAAGCUGGGCACGGCCCACGGGCAGCAGGGCCUCACGCAGGUGGUCCUGAAGGGGGCGCCCGGCCAGCCCGGCACCAUCCUGCGCACCGUGCCCAUGGGCGGCGUGCGGCUGGUCACGCCCGUCACCGUCUCCGCCGUCAAGCCCACCGUCACCACGCUGGUGGUGAAAGGCACCACGGGUGUCACCACCUUGGGCACCGUGACGGGCACCGUCUCCACCAGCCUGGCUGGCGCAGGGGGCCACAGCACCAGCGCCUCCCUGGCCACGCCCAUCACCACGCUGGGCACCAUCGCCACCCUGUCCAGCCAGGUGAUCAACCCGGCCGCCAUCACCGUCUCUGCCGCCCAGACCACCAUGACGGCCGCCAGCGGGCUGGGCACGCCCACCAUCACCAUGCAGCCCGUCUCCCAGCCCACGCAGGUGACGCUGAUCACGACGCCCAGCGGAGUGGAUGCCCAGCCGGUGCACGACCUGCCGGUCUCCAUCCUGGCCUCGCCCACCACGGAGCAGCCCACGGCCACGGUGACCAUCGCCGACGUGGGGCAGGGCGACCCCCAGCCCGGCACCGUCACCCUGGUGUGCUCCAACCCGCCCUGCGAAACCCAUGAGACUGGCACCACCAACACUGCCACUGCCACUGUCGUGGCCAAUGUGGGCGGCCUGACCCAGCCCGUGCACUUUGUGUGCGAGGGCCAGGAGGCUGGGCAGCCCAACGGCGGGUUAGUGCGCGUCUGCUCCAACCCCCCGUGCGAGACGCACGAGACGGGCACCACCCACACGGCCACCACGGCCACGGCCAGCAUGGGCGCCGGACGAGUGUGCAGCAACCCCCCGUGCGAGACGCACGAGACGGGCACCACCCACACGGCCACCACGGCCACAGCCAGCAUGGGCGCCGGACGAGUGUGCAGCAACCCCCCGUGCGAGACGCACGAGACGGGCACCACCCACACGGCCACCACGGCCACGGCCAGCAUGGGCGCCGGACGAGUGUGCAGCAACCCCCCGUGCGAGACGCACGAGACGGGCACCACCCACACGGCUACCACGGCCACGUCCAGCAUGGGCGCCGGACGAGUGUGCAGCAACCCCCCGUGCGAGACGCACGAGACGGGCACCACCAACACGGCUACCACGGCCACGUCCAGCAUGGGCGCCGGACGAGUGUGCAGCAACCCCCCGUGCGAGACGCACGAGACGGGCACCACCAACACGGCUACUACGGCCACGUCCAGCAUGGGCGCGGGACGAGUGUGCAGCAACCCCCUGUGUGAGACGCACGAGACGGGCACCACCAACACGGCUACCACGGCCACGUCCAGCAUGGGCGCUGGACGAGUGUGCAGCAACCCCCUGUGUGAGACGCACGAGACGGGCACCACCAACACGGCUACCACGGCCCGGUCGCUCAUGGGCCGGGGGCAGCCAGAUGGGGGCCUGGUAGCCCCACCCAACCCACCGUGCCAAACGCAGCACACCAGUGCCACCGGCACCACAAUGUCGGCAAAAGCCGGCGUGCCCACAGAGCAGCCGUGCAGCGCCAGGAUGGCAAAUCCCCCCCCGGCGAUGCCUGGCACCAACGCACAAUCCCCGGCGCCGGGUGGCCGGCCCUGUGAGGCUCACCAGACCCACACCACCAACACCGCCACCACGGCCCGGUCGCUCAUGGGCCGGGGGCAGCCGGACGGUGGGCCGGGGGCAGCUGAGAGCCCCCCAUGCCAAACCCAACAGACUUGUGCCACUCACACAACCAUGUCGGCCAAAGCAGACGUGCCCACGGAGCAGCCAUGCGGCGUGAGGAUGGUUGCACCGGACACGGAGGCUGGGCACCGAGCGCAUGUCACUGACUCUUGUGAGAUGGGCGCCACGGCCAGGUCGAGCAUGGGCGCCGGGCGAGCGUGCAGCAACCCCCCGUGCGAGAGGCACGAGACGGGCACCACCACCACAGCCACGUUGAACAUGGGCGCCGGGCGAGCGUGCCCAGAGCCCCCACCCGAGACGGGCACCACCACCACAGCCACGUUGAACAUGGGCGCCGGGCGUGCGUCCAGCAACCCCCCGUGCGAGAUGCACGAGACGGGCACCACCACCACAGCCACGUUGAACAUGGGCGCCGGGCGAGCGUGCCCAGAGCCCCCACCCGAGACGGGCACCACCACCACAGCCACGUUGAACAUGGGCGCCGGGCGUGCGUCCAGCAACCCCCCGUGCGAGAUGCACGAGACGGGCACCACCACCACAGCCACGUUGAUCAUGGGCGCCGCGCGAGCGUGCCCAGAGCCCCCGUGCGAGAUGCACGAGACGGGCACCACCACCACAGCCACGUUGAUCAUGGGCGCCGGGCGAGCGUGCCCAGAGCCCCCACGCGAGACGCACGAGACGGGCACCACCACCACAGCCACGUUGAACAUGGGAGCCGGGCGUGCGUGCACAGAGCCCCCAUGCGAGACGCACGAGACGGGCACCACCAACACGGCCACCACUGCCACGUCCAGCAUGGGCGCCGGGCGAGUGUGCAGCAACCCCCCGUGCGAGACGCACGAGACGGGCACCACCAACACGGCUACCACGGCCACGUCCAGCAUGGGCGCUGGGCGAGUGUGCAGCAACCCCCCGUGCGAGACGCACGAGACGGGCACCACCAACACGGCUACCACGGCCACGUCCAGCAUGGGCGCCGGGCGAGUGUGCAGCAACCCCCCGUGCGAGACGCACGAGACGGGCACCACCAACACGGCUACCACGGCCACGUCCAGCAUGGGCGCCGGGCGAGCGUGCAGCAACCCCCCGUGCGAGAGGCACGAGACGGGCACCACCACCACAGCCACCAUGGGCGCCGGGCGAGUGUGCAGCAACCCCCCGUGCGAGACGCACGAGACGGGCACCACCAACACGGCUACCACGGCCACGUCCAGCAUGGGCGCUGGGCGAGUGUGCAGCAACCCCCCGUGCGAGACGCACGAGACGGGCACCACCAACACGGCUACCACGGCCACGUCCAGCAUGGGCGCCGGGCGAGUGUGCAGCAACCCCCCGUGCGAGACGCACGAGACGGGCACCACCAACACGGCCACCACGGCUACAUGUAACGUGGGGACGGGCCAGGCUGAGGGGGCCCAGCACGCCCCUGCCAGCACGCCCUGCGAGACGCAGCCGACUGCGGCCACCAGCACCACCAUGACGGCCAGCAUGGGGGGAGCAGGGGCCGAGCCCCCCUCCUCUGUCCCCCUGGAGACCGGGGGGGCAGGGCCCAGCCAGCCCCCGUCGCCUCCCACAAACCCAGCCCCACGCGUCUGCUCCAACCCCCCCUGCGAGACCCACGAGACGGGCACAACCCACACGGCCACCACUGUGACCUCCAGCAUGGGCGCCAACCACGACCAGCCGCCGGGCGCCGCGGGGCAGGGGCAGGGGCAGCCCGAGGGGUCGCCGGGCGAGGCCCCCGCCAGCCCCAGCAGCGUCUCCACCGCGCAGCCCCGCGCCGUGACCACCGUGACCCAGGCCACGCCCACGCCCGGCCCUGCCGUGCCGAGCAUCUCGUCGCUGGCAGAGACCCCCCCAGAGGAGCCCCCGGCGCCCCCCGGCCCGGAGCCAGCGCAGCCAGAGCCCCCGGCCGAGCCCCCGGCACUGCCACCGCAGCCCCCCCCGCAGGGCCCCCCCGCCGGCCGCCCGGCGCCCGCCCCCGAGGGGGAGCCGCUGGCGCUGCCCCAGGAGCUGCUGGCCGAGGGGCAGCCGGGAGCCACCCUGCUGGUGACGGGGCUGACGCCCGAGGAGCUGGCGGUGACGGCGGCUGCCGAGGCCGCGGCCCAGGCCGCAGCCACCGAGGAGGCCCAGGCCCUGGCCAUCCAGGCCGUGCUGCAGGCGGCCCAGCAGGCCGUGCUGGGUGCAGGGGAGCCCAUGGAGCCGGGCGAGGCGGGCGCGGGGCCGGCGGAGCUGGGGGGCGAGGGGCAGCCCACCGCCAUCCCCAUCGUGCUGACGCCGCAGGAGCUGGCCGCCCUGGUGCAGCAGCAGCAGCAGCUGCAGGAGGCCCAGGCGGCGGCCGCAGCAGCGGCCGCGUCCCAGCAGCCCCACGGCGCCCCCCUGCCCACCGAGGCCCUGGCGCCCGCCGACAGCCUCAACGACCCGGCCGCCGAGAGCAACGGGCUGAGCGAGCUGGCCAGCGCCGUGAGCAGCACCGUCGCCCUGCUGCCCGCCGCGCCCGGCGACGGCCUGGCUCCAUCCAGCACCUUUGUGGCCCCGCAGCCCGUGGUGGGGCCCAGCCCAGCCAAGCUGCAGGCAGCCGCCACCCUGGCCGAGGUGGCCAACGGCAUUGAGCCCCCCCCCCUGAAGCCGGACCCCUCGGCGCAGCCCCCCAAGCUGCUGGUGAAGAAGGAGAAUCAGUGGUUCGACGUGGGGGUCAUCAAGGGCACCAACAUGAUGGUGACCCAUUACUUCCUGCCCCCCAGCGACGCGCCCCCCAGCGACGACGACUCGGGCACCGUCCCCGACUACACGCAGCUGAAGAAGCAGGAGCUGCAGCCGGGCACGGCCUACAAGUUCCGGGUGGCCGGGCUGAACGCCUGCGGCCGCGGCGCCUUCUCCGACAUCUCCGCCUUCAAGACCUGCCUGCCCGGCUUCCCGGGCGCGCCCUGCGCCAUCAAGAUCAGCAAGAGCCCCGACGGGGCCCACCUGACGUGGGAGCCGCCCUCGGUGACCUCGGGGAAGAUCGUGGAGUACUCGGUGUACCUGGCCAUCCAGAGCGCCCAGGCGGGCGAGCCCAAGGGCACGGCGCCCGCCCAGCUGGCCUUCAUGCGCGUCUACUGCGGGCCCAGCCCCUCGUGCCUGGUGCAGUCGGGCAGCCUGGCCAACGCCCACAUCGACUACACCACCAAGCCGGCCAUCAUCUUCCGCAUCGCCGCCCGCAACGAGAAGGGCUACGGGCCGGCCACGCAGGUCCGGUGGCUGCAAGAGUCCAGCAAGGACGGGUCCAUGGCCAAGCCGGCCGGCAAGCGGCCGCUCUCCUCCCCCGACAUGAAAUCUGCUCCAAAGAAGCCCAAGGCCGACGGGCAGUGAAGGAGGAGCCCCCCCCCCGGCACCGGCCCCCCGCCCCUGCUCGCCAAGGAAAGCACAUUUCAUUGGGGCCGGGGGGGUCACUGAACGGCGCCCCCCCGACCCUUGGCUGCGGGGGGGCCGGGGCCCCCCCGAGGCUGGUUUGCCGGGGGGGCCUUGGGGUGUUUUACAUGUUGCAGUUGCUGGAAUGAAGUUCUUGUGCCCCCUGCUGUGGCGUGGGGGGGCUGCAGGUUGGGGCCCCCCCCAGCUCUCGCCGCUGUACAGACCCCCCCCGUAGUGCCCGAGUUCUAGAGGAAAGGGGGGGCUGGAGCUGUUGUGAAUAGCAGCUCCCCCCACAGGUGUGACCCCCCCCUGAAUCGGUGCUGCCGUCUCCUCCCCCGUAGGGGGGGUGGCGGGGGGGCUCCCGUCUCCUGCCCCCCCUUGGAAAAAAAGUUUUUUUGUAUAAACCAUUUUUUUUAGGAAAAGAAGAAAAACAGAAAAAAACCCUGAGGGGGGAGGGGCUGGUGGCCCCCCGGGGAUUGGGCCCCCCCGGGGCGGGGGCGGGUUGAAAUGGGUCAGUGAUGGGGGGCCGUGCGUCUCCCCCCUUGUGCCCUCCCAGUAGACAUUCCAGGGGGGGCCCCGGUGGCUGAGGUGGGAUUGGCAGCCCCCCCGGCCCCCCGUCUUUUGUAUUAUAGUGUAUUUCGCUGUGCCCCCCCGUAGCCCCCCCACCCCACCCCCCGUGCUCGUCUGUCGGUUUGUGGAUUUUC